CAAAAGUUGGAGUUUGAAAUUAAAUUGCAGAAAUUGACUAAUGAAUUACAGGAGCUAAAAAGGGUGUCUAAUACUAGAGAGAACAAUAAUUCUGAGACCCGCCAGUCGCCAUUAGAAAGAGUUAUAAGCCAGGCUCGCGGAGAGGGGCAGGAUACGUCAGAAAUCUUAGCUUUUCCGGUCCUUGAGAUUGAAGACCAGGAAAAUGUGAUUAGACAAUAUCAGACUUUGGAAUUUAAAGUGAUAAAAGAAUUAAAGCUAGCCGUAGCCCAGUACGGCCCGACAGCUCCUUUUAAACAGGCGUUAUUGGAUACUGUGAUAGAGUCGAAUUUAACUCCACAGGAUUGGAGAACACUGUGUAAGGCCACGUUGUCGGGGGGGGGGGGGGUAGAUUUCUUGCUUUGGAGUUCUGAAUGGCGUGAGGCUAGCAAAAGAACUGCCACCACUAAUACUCAGGCAGGCCAUCCAGAAUGGAAUGCUGAUAUGUUACUGGGAGAAGGUGUAUAUGAAGGAAAUACUAACCAGAUGGGUUUUCCCAUCGCAGUGUAUGCGCAGAUUGCGGUGGCUGCCCGCCAUGCUUGGAAUCUUUUACCAUCAAAGGGAGAUCCUAGUGGGAAUCUAACAGGUGUCAAACAGGCUCCCGAUGAACUUUUUCAGGAUUUCGUGGAUAGAUUGCUAAAAACAGCUAAUAGAAUUUUCGGAAAUUCUCAGGCAGAAAAUCCGCUGGUUACCCAACUAGCCUACGAGAAUGUUAAUGCGGCCUGCCGGGAGGCGAUUAGACCUCAUAGGGGGACGACAGACUUAGUUGGUUAUAUUCGUCUUUGUUCUGAAAUUGGUCCCUCGUAUAAUCAGGGUUUAGCAAUGGCUGCAGCGUUGCAGGGAACCACCAUUCAGGGAAUUCUUUCGCAGAGACGAGGAAAUAGAAGGUGUUUUAAAUGUGGCAGUCUGGGUCAUUUUAAAAGUGAUUGCCCUGAUAACAGGGCUACUAUAAACGGGCAAUCAGGUUGUUCACCAGGAACAUGCCCUAAGUGUAGAAAAGGAAAUCAUUGGGUGAAGGGAUGCAAGUCCAAAACUAAUAUUCAUGGCAGACCUGUGUCGGGAAACGGGAGGAGGGGCCCGCCCCAGGCCCCGAUUCAUCCACGACAGACAGUCUGUGGGGCAACGCAGCUGCUGCCGAGCCAAGGAAAUCUAUCUUUGAACUCGCCAGAGCUACACCAGGAAGUGCAGGAUUGGACCUCUGCAGUGUAUUCCAUGCCGUAUUAA